AAAUGCUCCCAAACACAAGUAGCAAGCCUGCUACUGAUAAGAAGAAGAAGUCACAAUGGACCGAAGUUAUGGAGACUUGCUUACUGCGAGAACUAGUGGUUCAAAACCCCUUUAAGCACCGACACGGGUCACUGGAGAGAGGAAAGGUAUGGGAGCAGGUCGCCACAGCUCUCAAUCCUCUAACACAAUCCAUAACCCUCAACCAAAGGACCGUCAGAGACAAGUACAAGGGGCUGAAAUCCAAACUAAAGCAAACAAACAACAGGGAAAAGGCUGCUUCUGGCAUCGGCACAGAGGAAACAGAGGCACAAAGAGAGAUAAGAGAACUAAUUCAGCAGUUGGAAGAGAUGGAGUUAGAUGCUGAGCUGAUCCCACCUCAGAAAAAGGAUGAUGAAGAGCAGAAGCGGUUAGAUGGGGUAGAAAUGCAGAAACUUAUGUUGGAGAGGUUUUCUGAGACCAAAAAGAGACAGAAUGGUGACAAAACCACACCGAGAAAGAGAAGAAACACUGGUUUGGAGACCUUCUCUAUCAUAGAGAGAAAGAUGGAGUUGGAUCAACAACUUAAAAAAGAUGAGAUGAUAAGAAGAAAGGAGGAAGAGGAAAAAAGAAAGCAAGAAGAAAGAGACAGGGAACAGCGGUUCGAGCUUCUGCAGCAGCAACAGAUGCAACACCAACAGCAAAUGCAACAACAGCAACAACAAAUGCAACAACAGCUUAUUCAGCAGCAACAAUUUAUGCAGCAACAAGCACAGCAGAUGCAGACCAUGAUGAUGGCAAUGUUUAAAACUAUUGACAAGAAAGACUAAAGGCUAAAAUCAGAGAAGCUCAUCAGCUGUUUGUUUGUUUGUUUGUUUGUGUUACUAAACUUUG